AUGCGACACCACCAUGCUCGAGUGCAACGCUGGGCAAGGCGGACUGUGAAUCCGGUGCUGUCGUACGGCGGAGUUUUUGGUGGUCUCUUCCGUUCUCCACCACGUGGAGACUGUAUGACCUUAAUGGCUUCUGGAGCAGCAGCAGCGGGGCCUGUGGGACUUGGCGUCUCGAGGCGUUUUUCCUCCACAAAUGCUAAGAAAGAUUUAUAUUCCGUACUGGGUAUCACACGGAAUGCCUCGCAGGAGGAAAUUAAGUCGGCCUACAAGAGGAAGGCCAAACAGCUUCACCCUGACGUUAACCCCAACCCGCGUGCAGCGGAGGACUUUGCGGAUGUGAAGCAAGCAUUUGACGUGCUGUCAGAUCCGCAGAAGCGCAGCAUGUACGACAUGACGGGCAAUUCGGGUGCUGCAGAUAGGUUUGGUGCGGGCCCUGGCUUUAAUCCAUUUGCGCAGGCUGGUGGUGAGAAUCCAUUUGCCGGUGGGAAUCCCUUUGGUAGUGCCAACUCUUUUUCCUCAGCAGCAGGGGGGCAGGGUUUUUCGUUUAACGACUUUGAAGAAAUUUUUCAAAAGAUGAGUGGAGCAAGCAAAGACAAGUCUCGCAAACCACAAGGGCCCGAGCCUGGCGCGGAUAUUCACUUUAAACUGCGUCUUUCCUUCCUGGAGGCAGUCAAUGGGUGCAGUAAGGAGAUAUCGUAUAACACCUUCCGUCGAUGUGGCUCGUGCACGGGAAGCGGGUUUCAGGACUCUGGUGCCAAGGCGAAGUGCGUGCACUGCGGGGGUCGUGGGAAGAAAGUGAUGAGUACAGGUUUUUUCCACAUGCAGCAAGAUUGCACCCACUGCGGGGGGACAGGGGAAACGGGGCGUUCCUCGUGUACGCACUGUAGCGGAAAGGGCAUCGUGAAGGACCGCAGUGUGCAAACCUUGCCUGUUCCCAAGGGCGUAGACAACAAGGAGCGCCUCAAGGUGACCGGGAAGGGUGAGGUUGGGGUGCGUAACGGGCCACCAGGCAACUUGUACGUGGAAAUUACAGUGGACGAGCAUCCGGUAUUUCACCGCGAGGGGUGUGAUAUCCACGUCAUCACACCUAUAUCGCUUGCGACAGCGGUGCUAGGAGGCACGGUGCGAGUCCCGACGUUGACGGGAGAAGUGGAAACGAAGGUGCCUGUCGGGACGCAGCAAGGCGACAAGCUUGUCCUGCGGGGCCGUGGUGUGCACCGGCCGAACCAAAACAAAACGGGCGACUUCUUUAUUCACUUUGCCGUGUUGCUGCCUAAAUCCCUCACAGAAAGGCAGAAGAGCCUCAUUGCGGAAUUUUCUAAGGAUGAGAAACCACUGGAGCUGACGGAUCCGCAGCUACAGGAGUUAAAGAACCGCUACAAAUCGUGGUUCUCCGCCUAG